AUGGCGACUAUCAUCGUGCGGCGACCCCGGCGGGAACGCAUGGAACAGCAGGUGCCAGAGGAAGUGGUUAUGUCGCGCGAUGAAAUGCCCAAGCUGGGAGCAUUCGAUCCGACGUUCCCUUCCGAACUCGAGGGCCUCAUCCCGCCCGAGGAGUGGGCACAAAUCAUCGAUCGAUUGGAUGAGUACUGGAUUCCCUUCUUCAAGCGCGAGCAGGAGAUCGAAAGCUGUUCGAUGUGCCUCUGUUGCUGCUGCUGCUGUACCCUCGGCCUCUCCCUGUUCGCCAUGUGCUGCUAUUCCUCGUGCGCCGGCCGAAAGCUAGACAAGAGGAAGAUCAAUGGGCGGCGUCAGAUGAAGGCCUACUUCGAGGAGGAGCUGAACCCGAAGUACUCCGCCCAGGGUGUGCGAUUCGCCGUCGCCCCCACCAUCAAGACCUUCUACGUCGAGAUUCGAAUCGAUAAGCCGGGCACUGCAGGCAACGACAAUCGACCUCGGGCUGAGUCCACCACAGAUGAGGAAAAGGAGGGCGAGCCCCUGCUUCGGCGAGCGAAGGAGGAUUCCGCCAGCCACAACGGUGGUGCGUCAUCUGCGGCCCAGUCCUCGACCCCCGCCCCCGUGUACGGAACACAACCAGCCGAUAUCGACAUCGACUCCGCAGCCGACGGUCUCGACGGCCUCGACUAA